GAAACAGACACCAAAAUGGCGCCCAAAGUCGUACUGAUCACUGGCUGCUCAUCUGGAAUCGGCCUAGCCACGGCUGUGUGUCUAGCCAAGGAGAAGCAACACGAAUUCAAGGUGUAUGCAACAAUGAGAAACCUGGGGUCAAUGAGCAGGCUGGAGGUAGCAGCCCGGAACGCCCUGGACAAGACGCUCUUCAUCCGAAAACUCGACGUGACUAAGGAGGAUACCAUCUCGUCUGUGGUGGACGAGAUCUUACGGGAAAAUGGGAGAAUCGACGUUCUGAUAAAUAAUGCCGGGUACAGCGGUGUAGACGGCAAUGACGAGUGGCCUAUUGAGAGGUGUCAGGCCAUGAUGGAUACCAACUACUGGGGCGUGGUGAGAACCACCAGGGCGGUGUUACCAGCGAUGAAGAAACAGAAGUCAGGCCGAAUACUGAAUGUAACUAGCGUCGCCGGAAUAAUUGGUACUCCUUUUUACGCCACAUAUGCCUCCAGCAAAUUCGCCGUGGAAGGGUUCACUGAGUCGAUCGCUCCAGUGUUGCGAGACGCUUACAAUAUCAGGAUGAGCAUUAUCCAGCCGGGUCCAGUCAGAACCGAACUGAUGGUCAAAAUCCGGGCCGAUCCAGAGGGGGACGCCAAGGAUUUCGACAGCGUCACGCGAGAUAUGUACCUGGCACGCAGGAAGCAGCUUCGACCCCUCAUGGACCAGGUGGAGCAGACCGCCGAGGACAUCGCUAAGCUGCACUUGGAGGUGAUACUUAGCGAGAAUCCGCACCUGCGGUACCAGACCAGUGAGGCCACGACUCAGUUUGUUGCUGCUAAACUAAAAGAUCCUACCACUGACGCUCUGCUAAAUGUGCUAAAGCAAUAAAACGCAGAUAAAAACCACCCUACGGAUCCUAGCAAUUCACAACGUCUUUAUUUGAAGUGGUGUUUUGUAAUUUAUUCCUGAUUCCAAUCAGUUUAUGCAUUCCAGUUGUCGAAGAAUAGUUAUAAUUGGUCAUUAAUUAAUCCUUAUUGAUCGGUGAAUAUAGGUACCAUUAUUCUUUAAUUUCAAUUUGCUGUUAAAAAGAGAAAAAAAUUAUACC